AUGUCAAGUGACGGCAAUAAAAAACAGUUCUGGAAAAGAAAUACAACGAAGGUGCCUGGCAGCAUACAACAUGUUUAUGGUGCUCAACAUCCCCCAUUUGACCCUCUCCUGCAUGCCAACUUAAUGAAAGCUGGAAACAAGCCACAAACAACACCAGGCAAGCCAAAGAAAGCGACCACAUUUCAGGAGUUUGAGAGCAUCACUAGUGAUGCUUGGGAUGUGGGAGAUGAUGACGAUGAACUGCUGGCAAUGGCUGCACAGAACCUAAACAUUGAAGUUGUCAUGGAGACAGCCAACAAGGUGAUUGAGAACCAUAGCAAGCUACAGGAGAAGCAGCAGCAGAGACAACGGCAGCAGGAAGAGGUUUUUGAGCCUGAAGAGAAAGAGGAAGAAGAUGCACAAGAAGAAAAAGAUGAGGAACCUGAGGAUAUUGAAGAAGAAAAGGAAGAAGUUGGUGAGACAACCACAGAGUUGUCAUUUCGGGCAGAGACCCAUCCGGGCAGUGACUGCCGGCUUGUGAAGUCCCAAAGUGAGGCACCAAUUGGCUCUCCAAAAGAGAUGCCAGGGGAGCGAGGAUCACUUCAUCGGCAACAGUCCCUCCCCCAUCGACCCGUCAUCCCGUUGGUGGCUCGAAUGGCGGAUCAGAACACAUCAGGCACACCAGCCAUGACAGAAAGAGAAGCUUCCAGACUGGAUAAGUUUAAGCAGGUCCUGGCUGGACCCAACACUGACCUAGAUGAGCUUCGAAAAUUGAGCUGGUCUGGAAUUCCACGGCAAGUGCGACCUAUCACUUGGAAGCUUCUCUCGGGGUACCUGCCAGCUAAUGCAGAGAGGAGAGAGAGCACUCUACAGAGGAAGAGGCAGGAGUACUUUGGCUUUAUUGAGCAGUAUUAUGACUCCCGCAACGAUGAACAUCACCAGGACACCUACAGACAGAUUCACAUUGACAUACCGAGAACUAAUCCUCUUAUUCCUCUUUUUCAACAAGCUUCUGUGCAAGAGGUCUUCGAGCGAAUCCUGUUCAUCUGGGCCAUCCGGCAUCCUGCGAGUGGUUAUGUGCAGGGCAUCAACGACCUUGUCACACCAUUCUUUGUUGUUUAUGUCUUUGAAUAUAUUGAGGAAGAGGUGGAAAAUUUCGAUGUUUCCAGCUUGCAGGAGGAAGUGCUGCGGAACAUUGAGGCUGACAGCUUCUGGUGCAUGAGCAAGCUGCUGGACGGCAUUCAGGACAACUACACCUUUGCUCAGCCGGGGAUCCAGAGGAAAGUGAAGGCGCUGGAGGAGCUGGUCAGUCGGAUUGAUGAGACGGUGCACCGGCACAUGCAGCAGUAUGAGGUGGAGUAUCUGCAGUUUGCUUUCCGCUGGAUGAACAACCUGCUGAUGAGAGAGCUGCCUCUGCGCUGUACCAUCCGACUGUGGGACACUUAUCAGGCGGAGCCAGAGGGGUUUUCACACUUCCACUUGUACGUAUGUGCUGCCUUCCUUGUGCGAUGGAGGAAAGAGAUUCUAGAGGAGAAGGAUUUCCAGGGACUCAUGAUCCUGCUGCAGAAUUUGCCCACCAUGCACUGGGGCAAUGAGGAGGUCAGUGUUCUCCUGGCAGAGGCUUACAGGUUGAAGUUUGCUUUUGCAGAUGCACCAAACCACUACAAGAGAUGAGACUGGCUUGUACCUCCAGUACAACUACUGCAUCGGAGGCCCUUUCCUGAGCCCAGGGUUUUCCUCUGGGCCACAGCUACGUUGAGAUUUCACUGAUGUGCUUUUUGGGAUUCUGUGUACUGCUACUGGCAACUCUUUCUAGACUUCUCCUCAUUAAUGCUGAUGUAUACACUCCAACAUCAUCUGUCUAUCAAUGUCAAACAAACCAAAAGAAGGAUCCACCUCCUGAAAAUAUGCAGAUGAAUUAAAUUGCAUUUUUUUCAUGUAGAUUCAUUUCUCUGCCCACAGCCACAAAAGGUUUCUUAGCAACAGAGAUUUUCUAGAAGUCUGGUUAUUUUUAGGCAUUGUAACUAGUACUCUUAAAGUUCAAAGCCCCUGACUAGUUUGUACAGAGCUGCUGAAUAAGUAAGACACCUGCGAUUUUUCAGAGGCCACUGUCUGGAUUUAAAACUGACAACAGAACGCGGUGGUCUCUGCUGCAAAGUAACCAAGAAAGGUGUAUUUAAAAUAGAAAUUCACUGUGUCAGAGACUACAGAGGUGACAGAGGUAAAGCAUUAACAAGACAUGAAUGCACAGUUGUAAGAUUGGUCUCAUAUAUAAUGUAAUCUCCUGUUAAGUAGAAUCUAUAAACACUUUAUUGUAACCUAGAUCUACCUCAGGGGCCAUAAAGGUGUUUUUUUUUUUCCUUUUCUUUUUAAUUUGCCUUAAUUUGGUUGCUUCAUUUUGGCCAAUCUCUGCAGAGGGAUAGGAGAUAUUGUAAUGAAUUAGCAUUUAAAAUACAAAUUUACUGCAGUUUUGAAUUCAGGUUCAUGUAAUACACCAGACUUGUUGCAUGAAACUGAUUUGUAGGCGUAUCCCUGGCAGUCAACUUUGGUUCAGUUCAGUUGUCAGGCUUUUACUUGUGUGCCAGUUCUACGAUUUACAACUCUGUGUGAUAGAAACUGCACUUGUUCGGUCCAUUUCCCUCUGGUUUGUACAAAAUAUAUUCUGAAUCAGUUUUUUAUUCUUUUUUUAAAUAUACUGUUUACAUGAGCCUGUUAAGUUGUGCCUAACUUAGAAAUAAUAUCAUUACAGAUAUUUAUUUUUCUUCAAUGAGAAUUUAAAGCUUUGGAAAGACAGAACGUUUUCAGUGUGAACAUUUGCUCAGUUUUUAGUGAAUAUAAAUGGUGAGCAAAGCACUGUUGCACCACUACUGAUUUCCUUAGAUUAAGGACAUGUGAUGUAAUAUAGAAAGUUCACCGGUGCAAAAGUUACCAUGAUGAUAACACUCACCAUCUCCAGUUAACCCUAAGACACACAAAAUGACUGUCUUACUUUUACCCCCUUUCUUUUUUCGUUGUUGGAGGGCUUCUCUUCUUCUUCUUUUUUUUUCUUUUUAACGUUUGAAAUAUUUCUGGAUACCAAAUUCAGACUGUUUCCAAGAAAUCAACUGUAAAACUGUAUUUCAGUGGAAGGAUUAGGUGAAAUCUUGAAUUAAAAUUGUGUACAGAGUGAAAUUUUUCAGAAAUCUGUA